AAUCUGCAGGCAGCCAUGGCGGACAUGAGAACGCGGUCUUACCAUGGAUUUUUUAUCCUCCUUAAGUUCGUAAAUAACAGCAUCCCGGAUUCGCUGCAGAAUUCCGGCAUAACUUUCCUCAUGCCAAAUGAUCACGAAAUAUCGGAAGCUGCAGUCACACCUGACCAAAUCCAUGAAUUCAUCCUCAGCCAUUCAAUACCGACGGUACUAGAUCUUUUGCGUUUUCCGAAUGGAACUCUGGCUCCGUCAAACAUCCCCAGCAAGAUCAUCACCGUCACCAAGUCCAAAAGAUCAAGCCUGUUCUUAAACAAUGCUAAAAUUGUCACUCCAAAUGUCUGUGUAAGCUCUACAAUUAGGUGUCAUGGUAUUAGCACCACUAUGACGUUCAACGACCUUCAUGCUCAUGCCGGUCACCUUACCCAUCAAUCUUCGUGCUCCCGGUUUCAUGGUUUACCGAAAUAA